AUGGAUAGGAAUUCAGUUAAGGCAAAUACGAAGACAUUAGUGACUUGGUUAGAUGGACUUAAUAGAGAGGAGAAAUUAGAAGACAUUGAGAAAGUGUUGAAAUUAAUGGAGAAAUACAUGAUAAAGUCCAGGAUUGGUGUGUAUAAUGCAAGGAUCAAGCGUUUGUUGAGGUUGGGAAAGAAUGUGGAAGAAGCAAAAGCAUUGUAUGAUGAGAUGUUAUCAAGAGGAAGGAAUCCAAGUUCGCAAACUUAUAGGCUUUUGAUUCAUAUGUUUCAAGAGGCAAGGAAUGUUGAGGAAGCUACGAGAUUGUCUAAUAGUAUGUUAAAAAACCAACAGAAUGCUUACAUCAACAGAUAG